CUCCGCCGACAGCCGCCGUGGCUGGCGAGCCCCAGUCCAGCCGCGGCCUCUCGCCGGGCCCCGUCCCUCUGUGCGGGAUGUACGGACCCGCGGCGGCCGCCGGGCCCCAUGGAGAAGCCGCCGCCGCCGCCGCCGCCGCCGCCGCGCCCGCCCGUGAGCAUGGCCUGGCCGGGCAUCCCGCACCCCGGCGGCCCCUCCGCGGCCGCCUCUCCUGGCGGGACUUCCUCCUCCUCCACCGCGACGGCGGCCGCGCUCUCCUUCAGCUCCGUGGCCUCCGCAGCGGCCGCGGUGCUGGGGAACCAGAGCGCGGGGACUGGGGGCGACAGCGCUGGCGCCUCGCCUGGUGGCAGGCCCGGGACACCGGCGGCGGCGGCGGCGGAGAGGCCACCGCCAGGCCCCGGGGCGGCGCCGCUGCUGUCGCACGGGGCGGCGGUGGCGGCCCAGGCGCUGUUCCUCCUCCUCAUCUUCCUGCUGUCUAGUGUGGGCAACGGCGCGGUGCUGGGGGUGAUCGUGAAGCACCGGCAGCUCCGCACCGUCACCAACGCCUUCAUCUUGUCCCUCUCCCUGUCGGAUCUGCUCACGGCGCUGCUCUGCUUGCCCGCCGCCUUCCUGGACCUCUUCACGCGCCCCGGGGGCUCGGCGGCAGCCCCCGCCGCCGCCGCCGCCGCCCCCGCGGGGCCCUGGCGCGGCUUCUGCGCCGCCUGCCGCUUCUGCAGCUCGUGCUUCGGCAUCGUGUCCACGCUCAGCGUGGCGCUCAUCGCGCUAGACCGCUACUGCGCCAUCGUGCGGCCGCCGCGGGACAAGCUGGGCCGCCGCCGCGCGCUGCAGCUGCUGGCGGGCGCCUGGCUGGCGGCGCUGGGCUUCUCGCUGCCCUGGGAGCGGCUGCGCGCGCCCCGCGAGCCGCCGGCGGCGCAGAGCUUCCACGGCUGCCUGUACCGGACCUCCCCGGACCCCGCGCAGCUGGGCGCCGCCUACAGCGUGGCGCUGGUGGUGGCCUGCUACCUGCUGCCGUUCCUGCUCAUGUGCUUCUGCCACUACCGCAUCGCCCGGACCGUGCGCCUGGCGACCGUGCGCGUGCGGCCCGUGCCCACCUACGCGCGCGUGCUGCGCUUCUUCGGCGAGGUGCGCACCGCCACCACCGUGAUGCUCCUGAUUGUCUUCGUCAUCGGCUGCUGGGGGCCCUACUGUCUCUUGGUGUUGCUGGCCGCCGCCCGCCGCGCUCCCUCCACGCAGCCCCCCUCGCUCCUCUACGUGGGGGCGGUCUGGCUGACCUGGGCCAAUGGGGCCAUCAACCCUGUCAUCUAUGUCAUCCGCAACCCCAACAUUUCCGUGCUGCUAAGGCGCGGCCGGGAGGAGGGCUACCGGACUCGAAAUGUGGACGCCUUCCUGCCCACCCGGGGCGCCGGGCCACCAGCCAGAAGCCGCAAUCGCCUUAGAAACCGCUAUGCCAACCGGCUGGGGGCUUGCAGCAGGGUACCCACUUCCAACGGGGGCGGCGGGGCGGGAGGGGACGUGGCCCUGUGGGCUCGCAAAAACCCAGUGGUACUUUUCUACCGGGAGGGGCCACCGGAGCCUGUGACAGCGGUGGCCACUCAGCCUAAAUCUGAAGCCGGGGAUACCAGCCUGUAAGAAGGGUUAGGAUGUACAGCUUGUAAAAGGCAACAUCUCACCCUCUUUGUUUAAUGAGCCAGGAUUCCCGGGAGAAUCGUCCGUGCAUUUCAUAAAGCCAAACAUAUUAGAAGAGAUAGAGAAAGAGAGAGAGAAAGAGAGAGAGAGAGAGACAGAGGGGAAGGCUUACCGCUUUCCCCAAACAACAGACGUACAAGACAAAGACCCCUUCUUCAAAAUGUCAAAAGGAAUGUAAAAUGCAAAAAUUAAAGCAAUCUUAAACCACACAAGCAGCAUUGUGAACUUCAUGUAUCCCCAAUAUAACCAAAAAUGAAAUUCACAAUUACUGAAAAGCUCGUAUUAUAGGACUCACAUUGUAGAAAACAAACCAUCAAAUGCAACCAAUAUUUGUUUAAGAACGUA